AUGGGAGAAGAGGAGCUUGGUGCCUCUUUCUCGGUCGAGUCCUUCUUUGCCGAGGAAGCGGUUACUCCCGCUGUCUUUGCUCCGCCUCCCGCGAAGCGUGUCUGUGCUGCCGGCUCAUCCAGCUCUGCGCCUGUGGCUCCCCCUGCGGCCUCGGUGGUGCCGCAUGUCCCUCCGGUCAUGGCUCCUGCAGCCGAUCCCUCCUCGGCUGCGCCUCCUCCCUCAACGUCGACCCAGAAAGCUAAUCCUGUGGCCGCCCUCGCCAUCACCGGCCGGUACCAGCGCCUUCGGCGCAACCGCAAGAUCCUGCGCCUCCCUCGUCGCUCGUAUUGUCGUCACAUGCUUCAGUGGCCGUCGGCUGAUGACGCGAACCGGUUCAAGCAGCUCAUGCCGAUCACCUACCGCUUGUCAGAAGGGCCGACCGCAGAAAUCAAGGUCUACCAGGAUCCGGCUCCCGACUUCUCCGCGGCAAAGGCUCGUGGUGAAACAAUGCUGGUGUUGCGUAACGUGCCCGUGGGCUUUGCGGUCCACACGCUCCGUUCCCUCCUCGUGUCGAGCGCUUCGAACGGUGCUAGGUGGCUAGCCUAG